CUAUUACAUCCUUUUCGGUUACAAUUUUUCAAUUUUCUCACAAACUGUGAAUCAAGCUCGUACUUUCAAGCUAUUUGAUUGGCCACAGAUAACCAUGGCCGUUUUAGCUAAUGCCCGGGACCGCUACACACGCUUGGUUGGUGCUCGAAAUGAUGGUGUCCCGCGCUAUAUAAGAUUGACAGUUGAGCCGCAAGCGAUAGUUGAGUUAGUAAUACAUAGAUGUGAUUUUUAGUUCAUAUGUGCUGUGAUGGGAUAAACAGUGUGGACUAUGAACGAUUAUUAUAACUAUCCGGCCUGUGCCGGUGGAUACGGCCAAAUAUCUCAAGUUAAUUAUCCCUCCAAUUACGGUGGCCCCAAUGGAUGGUAUUCUCUACCCAGUUACCUCAGUGGUGUGUCGACUGGAACUACCCCAACCUUGACUCCCACAACUCUGGCCAGUAUCGAGCAGACGUUCAUAGAGUUACAGUCAGUGCCUGUCAGUUCUGCCAGCCACGACCCUAGAACCCAGAGUGGUUUUGUACCCCCCAUCGUCGACCCUGUGUCGAGGGAACAGUCCUGUGACGGGUAUGACUACAGUGACUCGAGUCAGUCGGAUGCCGAGUGGUCGUCGGGUAGCAAGCGAGUCCGACUGGAUGCUAAUGGAAGUUACCUCGUGUCGUCCGACCAGCCACGGAGAAAGAGGAGAGCCAUUGAUGAGAAGGACCUGAGUGAGGAGGAAUUACACAGACGCCGAGUGCGUCGUGAACGUAACAAGCUGGCCGCCGCCAAGUGUCGCCAGAGAAGAGUAGACCACACCAAUAAACUUGUCGAUGAAACUGACAAGCUUGAAGCAGAGAGGUCCGAGCUGGAGAACGAGAUCCAGUCUCUACAGCAGCAGAAGGACCAGCUGGAGUUCAUCCUGCAGGCCCACCAGCCCCUGUGCAAGGUGGAGAACGGCAUGACCAUCGCGCGCAAUGGCGAGCCAGUCAAAGUGAAAUCCGAGCCGAGACAUAGCCAGUGUGGUGCCUUGGACUUUACCUCAGGAUCAGUUCGGCCCAACUCCCUACACAUAAUGAAACGGGAGAAGGAGCCCAGUGUUCCAAGUACUUUGGCAGGGAUUCCCCUCACGACCCCAACCAGUGGCCUUUUCUCAUUUAACGGCCUUGACAGUAUUGUUGGCAGUUCUGGCCUCACGCCCGUUACGUCGUCGUGUUCCAGUGAGGUCCACAGAAGUUCCAGUGAAAGUUCGGAAGCUAUGGGUUCUCCUACACUGAUAUCACUUUAAUAGACAUGCAUGCAAUUGGACAAGAGAUUAAAAGACGGAAACAACAUGGUUAAGACUGAAGCCUUUUUGUGCAAGCUAUGCUAGACAUUGAAAACUAUGUAGAUUAACUGUGGACGGAUAUGUUGGAGUAGACUCUAGUUACGAGUUUGGUUUUUUUUAAUCGGGUACUUUUGUAUAGACUCUAUGCUGGUCAUUCAACAUUUAAGUGACCAAAGAGAUGAUUUGCCAUUUGCCAACAGUGCUAUAGCCUUCAACUAAUCUAACUGCUGAAUAUGCAUUCCUUAGUGUUUUUGCUAAUUUAUAUAUGCAUGUUUUCUAUUGAUUUUUCUACAAGACCUUUUCGGAUAGCUUUUUGAACAAGUAUGCUUGAUGUAUUUGUUUUUCCUUUGCGACUGUGCCAGUCACAAAAUGAACUGUGCUUCCGAAACCCCUGCCAGGAGUGGAACCGACACAAAGGACACAAAAGUGCUAACUUUUAUAACGAUUGGAAGAAACGUUAAUCAUUCGAGCGUGCGGGUCACGUGGUUCGUUGGUGCUGUACAAUACACUUUUUGUAUAAGUUAUGUUUAUUUACUAUGAUAUGUUUCAAUAUACAUGUAGUGCUUUUUUCACCAUCUUGGAAGUAAAUUUCUUUUUGUGAAAUAUACAAAGAUGUGAAUUGUGA